AUGCGAACUCCUGAUGAUCUCUAUAUUGCUGUAAAAGAUGGCUCAGCCAAGAUGUUUGCUCGUGAUCCACGGAAUAGAAAAACUUUUCCCAGCUUCAGUUCCGAUGAAGAGGAAGAGCAAGAGGAAGUAGAAGAUCUUAAGGGAAGAUAUCGCUCACCUUCGCCUGCUCGCGCACGAGGACGUUCUCGCUCCGAACCUCGUCAUGGAUCU